AUGUUCCAAAGUUGGCGCCAAGUCCUCUGGAGUUUCCUCCUUCUCGUGUCCGUUGUCCAGGCCCAAUUCAACUUCUUUGAACAGAUGUUUGGAGGCGGCGAGCAGCAACAGCGCCAACAACAGCGAUCGCAGAAUGCUCCCAGUGACAGCGAUCGGUACCAGCAAAUGUGGAGUGGGACACAAUGCGAUCACUACAUUUGCCCCGGAACUCUUGCUUGUGUCCAUUUCCCACAUCACUGCCCGUGCCCUCACCCAGAUGUUGAGGAAAAGGUCGAAUUCGGAGAAGGAAGCUCUGUUUGUGUGUCAAAAGGAGGAUUCAAGGAAGGCGAAGCCGCGCGGAAAAUCGAAUUGGCCCGCAAGGGUCUUCUAUAA